AUGCAGAUAUAUGUAAAGCACCGUGGUAAAUUUGUCUUUCUCGCUCUUUGGAGUGGAUUCACAUGUCUGGCGAUGUUUUGGUUGAGUAUGCGGCGGGCUGGAUUUAGCACUACAUACAGCCGCUGUACCUAUCUUGUGAUGUGGGGUGAGUAUAAACAACUGUUAGAACCCGGUACAUUUCCUAGUAAUGAUUUUCUUCCUCCACAUCUGCGGUUAGACAAGUUAUCGUAUUUGGAUCUACCAGAGACAGAGGUGGCCUUACCACCAAUGAUUGAUGUAAGCAUUACAGAUGGAGAACAGGUGCGGGGAUUAGAGUCGGAGCUGCCAGCGUCAAAGCGUACAGAUGUGCAUGUGCAGUUUGGGCCAUUGCGUACACAGACUAUUGUGAUGACUAGCGAGGCGAGUGAGAGAUAUGUACGACGGAGAUUAGGUGUAUCUCCUCGGGAUCGACAACGGUUAGAGAAGGAAAAGGAAAAAAAGGAAAAAGAGGAGGAAUAA